UAAGAGACCUGUAACUACAUCGAGCUCCGGUAGCAUCAAAUCAUAGUGAUGCGACGGCAUGCUAACAUUGUGAGCACGUCAACAUUAUACGGCACGGAUACCCGCAUACCGCAGACGAUAUAGCAAUUUUCAAGAUGGCGGCUAAAGACGCACCUGAAGAUAAAUCUGCAGGCGGAUUGGUCGGCCUCGCCAUCAGGUUCUUGGGCGCGGCUGGAUUCCUCAUGGUUGUCGUGGGUUUUCCGCUUCUCUGGAUCAGGUUCGCUAAGCCUUAUUUGAGAACUGACGAGUUUCUGGAGACGAAGUGUACGGUUAUCCGGAGCCAGCUGGACGGAGAGUACCCAUGUGCAGCCAGGUGCAGGGGCAGGACACCUGAUCGAUGUUACCGUCAGCUGCGGUACCCGUGCGUGACUAUAAGCGUCUCCUAUAACAUCACGACGACAGACAACGAGGUGGUGCCGUGGGAAGGAAGCCUGUACGAGGACGAGCGCACCUACGUGCAGUUCAAGAUGAAGGGCGGGAAGUGUUUUCUUCGGCUAUAACCAAAAUGCCUCCGCAGACACAAAUAUUCUCGGACAAUACUAAAGCGAGCUCUGGAGCAAGCUUGGUCGCCUUGUGGUCAGGAGGGUAUGAGAGUACAGCUGU